AUUCUGGAAUUAAUAAAUGAGUAAUGUUGCAGGCUUACAGCUCAAAGGAUUUGAGUUCGUUGAAGUGGUGAAAUUGGCAAACCGGUGUACUAAAAAUCUUGAUUAUUUACAUUAAUUACCCCCUAAUAAAAACAUUGUCUAAUGGAAAAAAAUAAAAAUAUCUUAAUGUUAAGAAGGUUAAUUAUUAUUACAUGCUCAUUGUUGCAUGCACUUUGUACACGCUUCCUUGAAAUCAUGUUUUGAAAACAGAAUUUAAGUUAUAAUUGUGAAAUCAAAUGGUCAAAACCCAAUUUCACAAUUUUAAUUGAAAUUGUGUUUUUAAAACAUGAUUUCAACUGACAUGGCAUUGUAUGUCUCGUACACAUUGUGUAAUUAUCACCGCUCAAUUAAGAAAUCUUUUGGUUGUAUAACCCAAAUGUUUUAAACUAUUUCAAAUUGGCUUAUCCAAAUAUGAAGUCUUGGGCUAAUCCGGACAAGAGUUACUCAAAGAGUGACUCUUGGUUACAGGCCCCCUCAAGCUAAGAGUUACUCAAAGGCUUUGGCUAAUUCCAUUUAGACUAGAGGCAUGUUUUUGAGUUUGGUAGCUGACUAAUUUGAUUCUUCUUAUUGGAAAUUUUCUGGUUGAACAGUUGAAUAGAAUUCAUAUUUCACUCAUCAAAAAAGAUAGAAAGAAAAGAGUUCAUAGUUCACUUGGACGCUGAAUCAGAUAUUGCGGAAGGCAUUUAUCUGUCUCCCCAUUUUUGUUGUAGUACUGAUUUGUUAUUUGUGCCUGUUACCUAACAUGAUUACUUGAAUAAUAAAAGAAGUCAUGAUUUUGCCAAAGUGGAAUAUUUAUAUGUGAUUUGAGCAUCUGUUGGGGAAGACAAUUGACAUGAAGGAACAGUCAGUUGGGAAUUAGGCACUGCAAGUAGCUCAAAACCUCAGUUAAUUACAGGGUUGGUAUUGCAUAACUGUAUCUACUUAACCAUCUCCUAAUCCACUGUCAUUCUUUUGGGUUGGUAGGAUAAAAUUAUUGGCAAAAUGGACUACUUAAACUCACAUCUUGAUCACAGUUUUGGUGAAUUUCCACUCAUUUGUCAGCAAAGGGAGUGUGCUUUAAGCAGUGUAUGAAGAAUGGCUGGAGGUGCAGAUCUAACAGUCCCUUCCGUUGGAUCAAAAAAUGCCAUGGAUAGAAACCAAGAACCUGAAAAAGGCAAUAAUAACAACAGGCCUGCCAUUGAUGUGCUCAUGUCUCCCAAAGUGCCAAAGGCAGUAUCACCAGUUUCUUCGAUAGCUGAUGGGGAGACCAUUAGGCGACCUCGUGGAAGGCCAGCUGGUUCCAAGAACAAGCCAAAGCCACCAAUUAUUGUUACCCGAGACAGUGCAAAUGCACUUCGUGCACAUGCUAUGGAAGUGAGCUCUGGCUGUGAUGUGAGUGAAAGUUUAGCUAAUUUUGCAAGGAGGAAGCAGCGCGGCAUUUGCAUACUUAGUGGGAGUGGAUGUGUAACAAAUGUCACGCUGAGACAGCCAACAUCCUCUGGGGCAAUUGUGACCCUUCACGGGCGGUUUGAGAUUCUUUCAUUGCUUGGAUCAAUCUUGCCUCCACCUGCUCCACCAGGCAUCACUGGCUUGACUAUCUACUUAGCUGGGGCUCAAGGGCAGGUAGUGGGUGGGGGUGUGGCUGGUGCUCUUAUUGCAUCUGGUCCUGUUGUAAUCAUGGCUGCAUCAUUCAUGAAUGCAACUUUUGAUCGCCUGCCAUUAGAUGAUGAUGAAAUUGCUGCUGCCAUGCAGAAUCAACAUUACCAAAAUGGUCGGAAUCAUCACCUUGAUAUUUCAGAUUUAUAUGGGAUGCCAAAGAACUUGCUUACCAAUGGUACUAUGUCUAUGCCCCCUGAGAUAUACUCUUGGGUUCCAGGACGAAACAUGUCAAAAACCUAGCCUUUUUCGCAGCAACUGCAGCAAUUCAUUAGUUUGUCGUAGCCAUAUACAAAAGUUCUCUUAAACCGUUGUGUCCCUUCUAUGUUAUUGUUGAAGUUCAUUGUAACUUUGUAG